GAGCUCAUACCUUGCUUCCUGAUUCAUCUUUCUUUGUCCUCAGAUUAUGUUAGGAAAUUAAAUUUAUUUGUUUAAUCUGUUGUUUCUGUCUGUAAAUUCAUAUCAGUUUUCUUCUUCUUCAAUCAUGGGUGUCGCCGUUCUGAAUCCGGAAGAUUGUCUCAAGCAUCAUUUCUCAAAGCAAACCCUAAUUUUUCCGACGAAGUCGAACCACCCCAAAAACCCUACAUCUAAUCGGACUAACAGGGCCCCACCUAACUGGAGGAAACGUUCUCCGAACACCUCGCCGCCGUUGAGGGCCGUUGUGGACCAGGGGCUACCGGGGAAGAACCUGGUCAUGGGGCAGGUCAAGAUGCUCAAGCGAGGGGAAGAGUUGAGUAAACCGGCGGCGGAGCCUGUAAAGGUAGAGAAAAAGAAGGGUGGUGUAGAUCUGGGCUCGACAAAUCGGUUAGCCCCAGAUCCCGAGUUGGCGCCGACUCAGAUCCGACUCACCGAGUCAAAGGACAAAGUCUCCACGUUUUACGCGGGUUCGGCUUUCACCACUUCCCCGCCGCCGAGUUCUGUGCCGUUGCCGGCUUUUUUCACCAAAAGAUGCGUCGUUGCAGCAAAAACAGACGAUGCUACGAGUGAUUUGAGAAGGAUUCUGAGGCUAGAUUUGUAGCCAAAGUAGAUGCGCUCCGGUGGUUGUUGGCUUCUUCGUUGAUUAAAGUUUGGGUUCUCUGAUUUUCGAUCUUCCCUUAUUUUUUCAAGGGGAAAGAUCGAAUUCGCUGACUCAACUGAACUCAACUACGCGACCUCAAUCGUGGGAUUUACAAUAGCUUCUAUUGUAUAGCGUUAUUUAGGUUCGAUUAUGGUUGUUUUCCGGUGGGAUUAGUGUCUGUUGUUAUGUUUCAGUAAUCUUCGUCAACGAAGUCUCCGGUGGAAGUGAUUUCUGGUGGUUCUAUAGCAAAUAAUUUAGUUUGAUUAUCAUUAGGUGUUUGUUACUGUUUAAUGGGCUCUGGUCAGUAAUUGCUUUUCUCUUUGUUUUGUUUUGGGGGGUUCCUUUCAGUAUUUAUCAUUAGUCGUCGCGUUGGUGAAGAUUGCCGGUGGGUCUGUAGAGCUCCGGUGAUUCUAUGUCUAGUUGGUGAAUGAAUGAAAAUAAUGUAGGAGUCGUGAUAUUGAAUAAAGUUGGUUUUUAUUA